CGACAAUCAAGAUCAACCCCCCCAGUUCUGCUGCGACUUUUUCCCCGUUGGACACAAUAAAGGCAGCUUGAGGACGUGUGCACUUCCAAGAAUCAUGGAGGGUCUCUUCUUCAACGUCAAGAGCGGCUACAUUGAAGGCAUUGCCCGAGGGUAUCGGAACAGUCUUUUGACCAGCCAACACUAUUCCAACUUGACCCAAUGCGAAUCGAUUGAUGAUGUCAAGCUCCAGCUCGCCCCCGCAUACGGCGACUUCCUCGCCGCUCUGCCCCCGAACCCGUCGACCUCCGCCCUGGCAGGCAAGAUGACCGACAAACUGGUAGCUGAAUUCCGUUAUCUCCUCGCGCAGGCCACGGGGUCGACGGAGAAGUUUCUGCGAUACCUGACCUACGGGUACAUGAUCGACAACAUCGCUCUGCUCAUCACCGGUACGCUGCACGAACGGGACACCCGUGAGCUCCUGGAGCGGUGCCAUCCACUAGGCUGGUUCGAGACCUUGCCGGUCCUCUGUGUCGCCACCAACAUCGAAGAGCUGUACAACUCCGUCCUGAUCGAGACACCCCUGGCCGGGUACUUCAAGGGCAGUCUGAGCCACCAGGACCUCGACGAGCUCAACAUCGAGAUCGUGCGCAACACCCUCUAUAAGAACUACCUCGAGGACUUCCAUCAAUUUGUCACCACACACCCCGAUUUCAAAGGCACCCCCACUCAGGAGGUCAUGUCGGAGAUCCUUCAGUUCGAGGCCGACCGCCGAGCGAUCAACAUCACACUCAACUCGUUCGGCACCGAGCUAUCAAAGCAGGAGCGGAGGAAGCUGUACCCGGAGUUCGGAAAGCUCUGGCCCGAGGGCUCGCUGAUGCUCUCGCGCGCGGAUGAUAUCGAGUCCGUCGCCCUCGCCGUGAGCAUCUCUGCAGACUACAAGGCGUUCUUCGAUGCCGUCGGCUUGACGCAGGGUGGCAGUGGUCUGGGAGGUAUGGGAAGCGCCUCGGACGGGAAGAGCUUAGAGGACUUGUUCUAUCAAAAGGAGAUGGAGAUGUGCAAGGUUGUGUUCACGCGGCAGUUCACGCCCGCUGUUGUAUAUGGAUGGAUGAGACUGAAGGAGCAGGAAAUCCGAAAUGUCACCUGGAUCGCCGAGUGCAUCGCGCAAAAUCAGAAAGAGAGGAUCGGGAACUUUAUCUCUGUUUUCUAGAUACCAUGUUCUUCCUUUUUAUAUCUUAGCCAUCUUGUUUAUUUAAAGCUCCUCAUUGAUCUUGUUCUCUGAUCUCCUGGUCCCUUGCUCGACUGUCUCCCUCAUCUUCCAUUCGCAAACUAAACAUAUUUCAUUCCCGGCUACGUCAGUUCGUGUAACAGUAACCCUGUGUUCUCUGCGCCAAAAAGGCGUCUCGGGCGUUUUUCUCUCGGUAUGCUUUCUCUCUUCCGCAAUUUCAGGUCCUAAGAGCGCGUUCGUGAUUACUAGCUUCUUUCGAACUUUCUCACUUAUCGUACUCCGGAGCUACAUUACUGUAUUUUGUUAUAAGAAAUUGCACGCAUUGAUAUUGGGACCGCAUGAAAAGAUAUAUGGGU